AUUUUGCCAGUCAGUAUUUUAUUCCCUUUUGUUGAGAACAGAUCCCUCCCAACACAUUAGAAAUUUCGUUUCAGUUUAGCUUUUUACUUUCUCUCCGAAUUACUUCACGAACCAUCUAAAUCUAUUCCAAAAGUGCAAAAUUCUUCGUGUAAAAUCCCACUCGCUGUGUCGCGCUCUCUUGGACCCACUUUACGACUCACUCGGACUCUGACUCUGACUCACUGUGCGGCAUGAAGAGCCACCAGAUCAAUCUCUCGCGGCUGGCCAUCCGAACGGCGAAUGCCUCGAAGGCCAGCGGCGGCAUUGUCGCCACAAUGCAGGGCAUGUGCAACGGCAACGGCAAGGGCAGCGGUCAUGGCAGCGCCAGCGUCCACAGUUCCCUCGGUCUUGGGGCACCCAAACUGAUGCGCAUCGAUGUCCUCGAUCGCAACCGCGAGAAGCCCAGGCGGAUCAGGCAGCUGAAGUACGAGGUCCAGACCACAGGAACAAUGACCGGGACGGUGUUCUGCGGCGGCAACAAGAUAUUCUCGUCCACCAAUGUGCUCAUCGUGAACAUGCCCCGACAGCCGAGCAGCAUGAACUGCGGUGUCGUCGCCACGCGCAACAUGGGCACGGUGGCCGCCCCGCUGAAGCGCAUACAACCGCCUGUGCCUGUGCACGUUUCGUCCCAGGCCAAGCUGAGGACGCCCCGUCUAUCGGCCGCCCAGCGGCAGAACCACGUCCAAACGUUGUCCCAGAGCGAGGGACGGAGCGUGCGGAUGGCCCUGGAGAUCAGCAAGUCCAUUUCGGACGAACUGAUGCCCAUCACCGAGACGGUACGAUCGCGGAUCUGCGUCGUCCGUCAGCCGAACCAGAAGAGGGACCUGCUGCAGGGCUGGAAGCACCCGGGAAGCGUCAUGGUCCAGCAGUCCCCGCAGGUGGCCCGCGCAGAGGAUGUCGAGGAAGAACCGCUAGCGAGGCAGGUGAAGCCGCCACGUCGCCAGAUCAGGAUCCCGAAGCCGAUGGAGCGCGUCCGAUCCCCGAAAUACAGGUCGCAGUCCCCGAAAUCUGCCGAGUCCAAGCCGUCUUCCAGCAGCAGCGACCGCAAGGCCCUUGCAAUGCAGCGCUACGUGUACACAUCGAGGCGUCGCAACUCGAGGGCCUCGCAGCACGACCAGCGCUUGCGGAUGACCGAGUCACAGCCGCGCGCCUCCUACUCGUUGGACGACUUCGAACUGAUGGACGUGUCCCUGGCCAGAGGAGCGCCCAAACGCCCCCCUACAGUGUCACUGCCUGCUGCUGAUGCCGCUCGCAAGCCUAUGGCCAAGAAGCGCGAGGAACCCAAACUAGUGACGUAUCAGCGAUACGACCAGCCCAAGACGGAGCGCGACUUCCUGCAGAAGAAGAUCUUUGGGGGCAUGGAGCCGCGUCUGUGGCAGCAGCAGAAGUCCGGGACGGCCGACUCGCGGAAAAUUCAGACGCCUAGCGAGGCGGAAAGCGACGACGAAAAUCCGUGGGCGAAGGAGUGUGAAGAUUCUUUCGACUGGACGGACAUGGAGAAGCGCUAUGUCCAAGCGGAGGCAGAUCGUGAGUCCGCUGACCGGAACAUGAUGAAGGGCACCUCGACGACGAGUCUCAACGCCGUCCCGAGACGCCUCGAUGACAUCCACUAUCCCGCCCAGCUAUUCUGGCGCCGUCCCCAGGCCGAGCAGGAGGACUCCGCUUCGGCAGGGCCCUCCAAAGAUGUGAGCCCCACGCCCCGUGCGACUAGCAGGACCAAAUACUCGUCGGCCAAGCAGACCGUGAAUUACGGCCAUGGCAAAAUGUGGCGCCACCAGGCGCAGGAGGAGAGCCACCCGGUGAAUGCGCAUUCCAGCGUUCCCCGUCCGAGGGUCCCCGAGGUGUCGCUCAUGUCCAGGAGUCUAUUCAGCCAGGACUCCACCGCAAAGCCAUCGCCAAAGUCCCCUCACAAUGAGGCGAAGCCCGUCCCGAAUAAGGAAUACAACGACGACAAGAACCAAGACGCCGAGUCGGAAAUCCCAAUGCCUGAGAAAUACGUAAAGGAGUCGGCAUUCCAGCGCCUCGGUGGGCCCGUUGUAGAGUUCCGCCACAGCCGUGCCAAUAAGUGGUAGGGACGAGAGAGACGAUACCAGAGCCAGUAGCAGUCCCAGAAGCAGUAACUGUACUCGUGCCAGUCGCAUUUCCAAGAGAGUGUUGUACAAGAGCCACCAAAGUCCUCCGGCACGAAAGAGGAAGCAGGAAGAAGAUGCCACAGCAUCGCUCUCCGCAAACAAAAAACACUAGACACAACACACCCCGCACACAGUCGUAGCAGUUAAUAAUUACAACACUAGUCCACAAAAUUAUGCAAGAGUUUCCGCGUAUUCUCGUCACUAGGGAGAGGGUACAUCAUCCAAAUUUAUUGUUAAAAACACCCUUUCGAAGAAGCACGUAACAUUAAACCCCCAGUUGACACAUCUCUUUUAGUAUCUGUUCAACUUGUUGCCAACAGUAGAGCCAAAUACAUAUACUUUCUGUUUUGCAACGA